UGGGCGAACCAGUCUUGCGAGCCAGAACCUUUCCACAAACUCUCGCACAAGAACUCCUCGACGCGAUCAUCGACGAAGUAGCCCUUCCGCUAGGCGACAGUAUACCCCAGCAUUUCCCUACAGCCACCGUCAUUGUUACUCUCAAGAACUGCGCUCUAGUUUGCCGCUCCUUCCGCCGUCGCAGCCAAAGACACCUAUUCCACACGAUAGACGUCACCUCGCUCCUCUUUCGUCCAAAAGGCAGCUAUUCUCAUGAUAACAUUCGCCGACAGAGCCCGAAAGCUUGGAAGCGGCUGAACGAAAUUCUCCAGGAGAACCCUCUACUGCCGACGUAUAUCCGCCAGCUCGGGCUGUGGAUCGAUCCAAAAAACUUGCCAUGGAAUAGAGGAGACUUGGAAGAGACGUUCUCAGAUAUCAUGGGAGCUAUUGCGAAUGCAGAAAAACUGUAUAAGCUGGUGCUCUCGUCCGAAGGAAUGGAAAAGCGUUUUGCAGCCAUCGGAGGGCUCCCUGGUCUCCCAGAGCCCAUUAUCACGCGAAUUUGGGACCCGUACGUCGCCCCGUCCGUUAAAUCUGUGGAAUUAAGGUACUGGGCGAUCCCCAUCGACCUCUUCAGCCACUGCAUCCACUUGGAGGAGAUGAAGCUUAAAUCUGUCUAUUUCAUACCAGAUGAUGGUCCAACGGCUGGCUUGACUCCACCAUUGUGUUCCUUAAUCUGCUCCAGUUCUUCCACGGCCGUAGAACAGUUACUGGUUUGCACGACCUCCCCUCUGGGCUCCCUGCAUUUGCUUGAGCUGGACACGGACAGUAGUACCGUUGCACCUCAAUCAUUUUCGAUCGUCGCUACGUCAAAGAAUUCUCUUGAGUAUCUGAGAUUCAAGACCAAAGAACAGGACUGGUGGUGCCUAGGAUUCUGGCACAGGGUGGAUUCCUGUGGCUUGGAGUGGCCUAGCCAGUUGCCAGCGUUGCGGGUGCUAGAUGCCGACAUCGUCUUCAACCCGCCGACACCCGAUCGACCAGACCACUCUAUGAAGGGCAUUUCAACCCUUCUCAAGUCAUGCGGAAACCGACUGGAAGAGCUGAAGCUCACUCUUUAUGUGUCAUUUCACGAACGCAUGUGCCCUCGGAUGCUCGUGGACCGUUUGGACUGGAAGCUUGUCGAAGAUUCCUUGUGCGAUUUACUUGACGCCUCGACUGACAACAGGCUUGCAGUCUCCAUCACUCUCGCUUUCUGUUGGAAUACAGUGGAUCGAGAAGGCACCGGCAUGUGUGUGUGUGAAGACAGGCAAGAGAGAUACCGCGAGGAAGGGGAGCAGGAGCAGGACCUCGGAGAAAGUGAAGAUAACGAACAAGGGGAGGAAGAGCCAGAGAGUGGACGUUCCGACGAAGAAGAAUUGGAGGAAGAAGACGAAAUCCCUGUCCGGUUCAAGAGACUUGAAACGCUUCCUCCUCUCGCGCGAUAUGUCAAACGUCAAAACAUCUCUCCCGCCACCGACGAGCAUAUGUCGGACGAAGAGCUAUUGGCAGAAGGUGCUCGGUCCCGAGACGGAUACAAACGGCUGUGUGGUUUGGUUCUGGAGCAGGUCGUAGACGAAAAUUUCACGAGAGUUCGGGACCGCGUUCAUUUCGACCUCCGCCACUAUUUACAGGUUGUUGAAAUUAAAAAGAUGUAUUGCUAGU